AAUUCCAUCCGAACAAAUUAAAUUUGCUUUUGAAUCUAUGAAUGGUCUGGGACUACAUGAGUAGUGUUUUGAAAAAGAGAGAUUAAAGCUUGAUUCUCUUGAUGGAGCAAAAUGGCCUUCUUCCUCAACCUCUCAUUCUCUUCCACCAUUCUCAUGUUCUCCAUGCCGAGAACAAGGCCGGCGAUCCGAAAAUGGCGAAGAACGGCUCCGUUUCCAGAGGAGGAGCUCCCAAGGUCGAUGGAAACAACGCGUCGGUGACGCUGAACGUCUCUCCGAACUCGUCUUCUUCGUCGCCAUCCUGUAGAAGCAAGACCUCGACUCCCCCUCCCGUUUCCGGUCUCCGGCGCAGCACCGCCGCCUCAGCUUCCCCUUCUCGAAAGGACGAUGCCGGAAUUUCAGGCCGGGUUAGAGUUGCAGUGAGAUUACGUCCUCGAAAUGCGGAGGAGAUGGAGGCCGAUGCAGAUUUUUCAGAUUGUGUUGAAUUGCAGCCAGAGCUUAAACGGUUGAAACUUAGGAGAAACAACUGGGACACAGAUACCUAUGAAUUUGAUGAAGUGCUUACAGAGUUUGCUUCCCAAAAGCGCGUUUACGAAGCUGUAGCUAAGCCUGUUGUUGAGAGUGUCUUGGAGGGUUAUAAUGGAACAAUCAUGGCAUAUGGGCAAACUGGGACUGGAAAAACAUACACUGUUGGAAGGCUAGGUGAAGAAGAUGCAUCUGAUCGCGGGAUCAUGGUGCGGGCAAUGGAAGAUAUUCUUGCUGAAAUAUCACUGCAGAAUGACUCAGUAUCUGUAUCUUACUUGCAGCUCUAUAUGGAGGCUAUACAAGAUCUACUUGAUCCAACGAACUACAAUAUAUCCAUAGUUGAAGAUCCUAAAACUGGAGAUGUUUCAGUUCCUGGGGCUACUACCGUGGAAAUCAGAGACCAAAAAAAUUUUGUGCAACUACUUCAACUAGGUGCAUGUUAAAAGGCAAGUCAAGGGCAACAGUUCUGCUGUUUGUAAUGAAAAUGGCACAUCUCAAUUGACUAAAACCUUAGAGGCACCAACUGUUCGUGGAAGCAAACUAAUUGUUGUUGAUCUUGCUGGUUCUGAGCGUAUUGACAAGUCAGAUAAAGGUAGCACUCUUGG